GUCCCUUCCUGCCUCAGGGAAUGCUGGGAGCUCUGGUUCCUCCUUGUGCUUCGAGUGGUGCUGGUGAUUCUGGGAUGGAGGUUUGUACACCCAAAGAUUUGACACUAGAGUCUUCGCUGGGGGGUUCUAUUCCAGCCACAAGGCAAACCAGACUUUUCCGUGGAUAAUUCCAAGGGCAGGGGGCUGGAAAACUCAUUUCUAUUCUGAGGUCAGGCCGGUGCCGGUCCUCUUCUGGCCAUCCAAAAAUCCUGCCCCACCUCCUGUAUUGAGCUCAUUUCCAAGGUCCUGUCAAUUUGGGUUCUUUCCCUUUGAGCAGGCAGAAGGCGUCGGAGCUGCAACACCGAUGGCCGGGCCAGAUUCCUCCCGUUCCCCCCUCAGCCCCGGGAGUCCCCGACCAUCGGAAAGUGCCAAGGAGAGCAAAGCUGAAAGGAAAGUGAGAAAGCUGGAAAAAGCCCUCAGUGCAAAGCUGUCUGCUAUAGAGGAGAUGGAAAGAGAAUUGCGUCAGGCCCGAGGGCAGGCAAGGGAACUGCGGGAGCAAGUGGCCCAGCUCCGGAGGGAAAACCUCUCCCUCCGUCAGCAGCUGGUGCAGGUGCAGGAGAUGGCCCAACAUGGACUGGCAGAAGGCGUCGGAGCUGCAACACCGAUGGCCGGGCCAGAUUCCUCCCGUUCCCCCCUCAGCCCCGGGAGUCCCCGACCAUCGGAAAGUGCCAAGGAGAGCAAAGCUGAAAGGAAAGUGAGAAAGCUGGAAAAAGCCCUCAGUGCAAAGCUGUCUGCUAUAGAGGAGAUGGAAAGAGAAUUGCGUCAGGCCCGAGGGCAGGCAAGGGAACUGCGGGAGCAAGUGGCCCAGCUCCGGAGGGAAAACCUCUCCCUCCGUCAGCAGCUGGUGGAGGUGCAGGAGAUGGCCCAACAUCGACUGGCAGAAGGCGUCGGAGCUGCAACACCGAUGGCCGGGCCAGAUUCCUCCCGUUCCCCCCUCAGCCCCGGGAGUCCCCGACCAUCGGAAAGUGCCAAGGAGAGCAAAGCUGAAAGGAAAGUGAGAAAGCUGGAAAAAGCCCUCAGUGCAAAGCUGUCUCUAUCAGAGGAGAUGGAAAGAGAAUUGCGUCAGGCCCGAGGGCAGGCAAGGGAACUGCGGGAGCAAGUGGCCCAGCUCCGGAGGGAAAACCUCUCCCUCCGUCAGCAGCUGGUGGAGGUGCAGGAGAUGGCCCAACAUCGGACUGGAGACUGCACCGAGGUCCGUUGGGAGCAAGAGCUGGCACCAUUGACAGGAGGAAAAAAAUCUGAGCAAGAGCCACGGGAGCCAGUUGAGCUGGAAGUGGGGAAGCCGGUGGUGCAGGUUUCACCAGUGGACCUUAGACUGGUGAAGCUGGUGGUGCUCUUGCUUCCAGUGGAUGUUGGACUGGUGAAGCUGGUGGCACUGGUGCAGCCAGUAGAGCUUGCAGUGGUGGUGCCUGAGGUGGUGGUGAAGCUGCUGCUGGUGGUGCAGUGGUGGCCCAGCCGUGAGCUCGCCGACAUCCUGGAGGAAGGAGCCAUUCAUGAGUCCUGGGCAGAGGAAGGAGCCAUCAAGGAGAGCCAGAGCUCUGGGUUGGAGGUUUGUACACCCAAAGAUUUCACACUAGAGGAGCUGAGGGAACACGACCGAGAGCUUAGUGUUUGUGAGCGCUCAUCUGAGGGGCUGGAAACCAACCCAAGCUUGUCUCAGCAGGAGAGCAAAGAGGAGGCAGAAAGAGAGCUCUGUCGGGCCACUAAGGAGGCAGAAGAGCUGCGUGCUCUACUGGUUAAGAAAGAUGAAGAGAUAGAAGAUGCCAUCAAGGAGGCAGAAGGGCUGCGGGAGCAACUGGUCCAGAUGGAGAGGGAAUACAUUUCCCUCUGUGAUCAGCGGGUAGAGGAGGAGAACAAAGCUGAAGAGAAAGUGAGAAAGCUGAAAGAAGCCCUCAGUGUAAAAACAUAUACUUUAGAGCAGAUGGAAAGAGAACUCUGUCAGGCCCUAAGGCAGGCAGAGAAGCUGCAGGACCAACUGGCCCAUCGCCAGAGGGAAAACCUUUCCCUCCGUGAGCAGCUGCUGGAGAUGCAGAAGAUUGCCCGAGAUCCAUUGGUGGAAGAUGUCAGAGCUCCAAAACCCACAGCUGAACCAGAUUUCUCCCCUUCCCGCAUCUGCCCGUUGAUUCACUGGACAUCAGAAAGCGCCAAGGUACAAACGGUGCUGAGAAUACAGACUGAGACCUCAGUGUUUGUCAGGGCUCGCAGCCAAUCCCCUGGCUCAGCACCCGAAACCAGCCCCAGCUCACCCCAUCGGAAGGCUGCAAACAAGGUUCCCUCCAGAGACACCAGUGCACUUGUCCCCACAGCCCUGAUCCUAGGAGAGCAGGAGACGCCGAGCUCUCAGGUGGCCACCCCCCGGGCACAUCUCCAGGCUGUCCCGCAGCAGCAGGUCCGGACACUGGAGCUGGAGCAGGUGCAGCACAGACUGUUGCUGGAGAGUCUCCAGCAGUGGCACCGCGAGGACCUAGAACUCCUCGAGAGUGCCCACAGGAGCUGGGUGAAGGUGAUGGAGGAGACCUACAGGCAGCGGGAGGAGCGGCUGCAGCAGGAGAAGGAGCAGCUGAUGGCUCAGCUGCUAUCGCAGAGCCAGGACGCGGAGCAGGCACAAGCAGAACUAGUGGCACAGCACCAGCAAUGCCUUGCCACCCUGGAGCAGCAGCGCACACUGGAGCUGGAGCAGCAGCGCACACUGGAGCUGGAGCAGCUGCGGGAACUGCAGAGGUCUCUGAAUGGCGUCAUUGAGCAGUUCUCCAGUGACCUGCACAACCUUUUGCACAAGGUGGAGGCCAGGCACCACAGUACCGGGCAUUGCGACCAGCAGCUCAAGGUGCUCCAGGACUGGAUGUCACAGCAGCAGAGGGACAUGGAGGAGAGGCUGAGCCAGAAGGCUCAGGAGGUGAUUGCGAGAAUGGAGACCAGGCUGGGUGAGCACACUCGGCUGCUGGAACAGUUUCUGAUCCAGAAGCGAUGGAGGGCAACAGCAGAGCAAUCCGAAGUGGAAUCGCUGCAGCACUUGCUGAAGGAGCAGAGGCAAAUCAUGACCCAGCAGCUCUCCAUAGAACGAGCAGAACUGGAGAGGGCAAAGAGUGCUUUGCUGGAGAAGGAGAAGUCAGUGAUGCAGAAGUGCUCAGAGGAACGACAGAAGCUGGCAGCGGAGUGGGCCGAGGUUCGCACCCAGCAGCAGCUGAGCAAGGAGUGGAUGAAGCAUGAAGUGGAGCGCACCUUGCAGAUGCACUCCCAGAGAGAGGGCACCAUCCUGAGCCUGGCCAAGGAGCAGGCAGACCUGAAGAUCAGGAGCCGUGAGCUGAAAGCCAAGGAGGAGCAGCUGGCAAGGGACAGGGAGCUGCUGGAUGAGGCCUGGCGGGAGCUGAGGCUGGAGAAGGAGAAGGUGAACAGGUCUGCACUGCGCAUCCAGCAGCAGGAAGAGAAGAUUAAAAGCAUGACCAAUCUCUCAUCGCAGAAGUAUGACGAAGGGGAGCGAGCCUUGCGGGAAGCCUGCAGGAUGGAGUCGGAGCAGCAGAGCAGGCUGCAGGUCACGCAGCAGCACCAGCAUCUGCAUGAGGCAAAUACCCCCUCACCUGCCCAUCUUGGCCUGGGGCCACCGUGCCAAGGACCUGAACCUUUGCCAACAGCUUCUCUCUCUCCUUUCUCCUGGGGAUGGGGCAUGGCUUACCAGAGGCAACAGCUCCAAAACCUAUGUGAGGAUCUGCCCAGCAACUCCGCGAUGCUGCUUACCACAGAGCAGGACCUCAGUGCUCCUGUGAGAGGCCUCUCCACACUGUCAGCAGCAGCACCACACAGCUGGGAGGCUGUUCCAGGCCUUCCGCCUCCUCUCAGGAUGCUGGACGCUCCCUCAGCACAGCAUGGGGAGGAGCAGGGAAACCUACGAGUUCUACAUCAACCUGGAGCUGCUGAAGUUCCAGGCCCAGCAGGCGCUUUUGAAAGAGUCCCUGGAAAAAGCCCAGGAGGAAUUGGAGAGGAUGGAGCAGGACAUGCAGGAGCUGGAAGAGCAAACACACAGUAUCAAGGUAGUGCUGAGGCCACCCCCAUGCCAGGAGCGUGGGUCAGAGCGUGCUGGCUUUCACGGCUUUCCCCUGUGCAGGAGUCCUCAGAGGUGCUCAAAUCAGGGAUACUGAGUAAAUUUGGCAUCCUGAAGGAAGCCCUGGAGAGUUUCCAGUGCCGGACGGUAGCCAGGAUCAAGCAAGAGCAGGUAGCAGCACUGGAGCAAGUGGGGGAGAACUGGAGCCUCCUGAAGGACCACCUGUGCUUGGCCAGCACAGGGAGAGGGCUCAGCACCUUCUCACCUGCCCUGACCACAGGGCUCUUCUCCGGGUACCGUUGUUUUGUGGAAUCAAACCCUAUAACCCCAAAUGAGUUAUAAAGCAGGUAUGUUUAUU